AUGGCUUUCCUUUCUAGUACGAGAUUAUACUACGUGAGGUCGUUUCAAAUAGGCAGCAUUGGCUUCCGAAGGAAUCUGAGUGCGUCGACGGCGAGUGAUGCGAUCGAUCCCGAAUGGCAAUCGGCUAAGCCAUUCAAGAGCAUCCCGAGUCCAUCGUUGAUGGAGAUGUUCCGGGGGUUCAUGAAAGGAGGUCGCUACGAAGGGGUUCCGAUGGCCGAUUUCCAUCGAUUAUUGAGAGAAGAUUAUGGAAAUAUCGUUCGUAUUCGAGGUAUGCUCGGUAAACCGGACGUGGUGUUAACCUUUGAGCCGCAAGAUUUCGAAAAAGUCUUUCGCACCGAAGGAUCCUGGCCGGUGCGCCGUGGUAUGGACACGUUCACCUACUAUCGGACGAAGGUUCGACCGGAAAUAUUUGGAGAAUCGGGUGGACUAGCGAAUGAACAAGGAGAAAAAUGGCAGAAGAUGCGCACCAUCAGCAAUCCAGUGAUGAUGCAACCGAAAACCGUUGGACUGUACGUGGAGCAAGUUGAUGCUGUAGCACGGGAGUUUAUGGAAAUUGUUGGUACUUUGCGUGAUGCAAAGAACGAACUGCCGGCCGAUUUCGAUCAAUGGUUAAACCGGUGGGCAUUGGAAACCGUGGGCGUGUUAGCUGUGGAUACACGCUUUGGCGUACUGAAAUCUGGCGAAUCGGAACAAGCUAAACGCAUCAUCAAGCUGGUUCGAGAAAGUUUGGAUUUAUCGUACCGCCUGGAUAUUGAGCCUUCGAUUUGGAAGAUCUACCCAACUCCAACCUUCAAGAAACUGAUGAAUGUGCUCGAUGAACUGACCAACAUCAUAAAGGCUAAAGUCGAUGACGCUCUCGAGAAGAUCGAUCAAAACCCUACGGACACCAGCAAUCAGAGUAUUUUGCAGAAGCUGUUGAAGGUCAACAAGAAUGUGGCGGUUGUGAUGUCUCUCGACAUUAUAGGUGCCGGUGUAGAUACUACAUCGUCUAGUACAGUUGGGGUGCUCUAUUCGCUGGCCAAGAAUCCGGAGAAGCAGGCAAGGCUACGAGAAGAGCUGCGUGCGAUCCUACCUCGCAAGGAUUCCCCGCUGACGACGGAAAACAUGCGGAAUCUACCUUACCUCAGGGCUUGCAUCAAGGAGGGUUUACGGUUGUACCAGCCAACGGUCGGUAACUCACGCGCUGCCGGACGGGAUAUAGUACUGCAAGGGUAUCGCAUCCCCAAAGGGACGGAUGUAGCCAUGAUGACGUCGGUGCUACAACGGGAUAACAUAUUCUUCGAUCAAGCUAGCCAGUAUCUUCCGGAGCGUUGGCUCCCCGAGCGCGUGGACGGUGUCAAGAGUGCCAAGGACACAAAUCCGUUCAUCUUUCUGCCCUUCGGCUUCGGUGCUAGGAGCUGCGUCGGAAAGCGGCUCGCCAUAAUGGAGAUGGAGAUCAUCAUUGCACGGUUUGUGCGGAACUACGAGCUGCGCUGGAACUAUGACGAGCUUAAGUUUAAGACUAAUCUUAUCAACACUCCCUCCAACCCAUUGCAGUUCCAGUUGAUGGAUCUGGAAUGUUAG